UUAAGUAUUGAAACAGUAUGUCGACGACAUCGUGACGUAAAUUGUCGUCCGGCUUCUGAGGAAGCCCUGAUCCAUGCACUGAACCGUCCUGAAGUUGUCCAUUCGUCGAUCCUCUUACUACGUCUCGUAACGUGUGGGAUCUGGUUGACGCGCCGAUGCCCUCAUUAUGGCGAGAGAGCGGAGCCGGCACUUAGUAUCCGAAUUGGUAAUAGGGGUGUUCAAAUCUUGUCGCUCGGCGCUCGCUCAUUCACUUGCGGGGCGCCCGCCUGUUUUGAAUACAUCUGUGUCGGAUUCUUAACGUCCGCGGUCGCGAUCCACGCUCCCUACGUCAAUCCGAUAUUGUAG